ACGUUCAACCGUACGUCAAAAUAACGAGAGAGGAAUACAACAAACAGAGCUAGUUAUUUAUGAGUUUGUUGUGUGUACGGCUGUCAGAUUCUCAGUGUACUAAGAAUAUUUUUUAAUAAAUUCCCAAAUUUCGUACGAUCUUCACUUAUAAAUAUGUCAAAAUGCUCGAAGAUCUGGAGGAAGAUACACACUUGUGCAUAAAGUGCAGUCACACAAUAGUCGGUCUGGAGGAAUAUAUACGUCAUCGAAAGAGCCAAUGUAGCAAAAGUGUUUCAUCCGCCGCAUCGUUGAACCGUGAAAUAAUCGACACUAAUCAUUCGUAUCGAUCGUUUGAAUUCACUGAACCGCCAUCUGUUAAGCACGAUAAGCAAUUUAGCUUUAAUUAUGAAAUUGAAUCCGUUCACCCCGACCACGAAGAUUCACACGACGAUGUUGUUGUGUCGACGGCCGGCAUAUUGCCAUCGCCAAUGCAUCAAUCGGAGAAAGUUGCCAGCGACUACAAAACAGAUCCAAAUAAAUCGCUAUCGGAAAGUUAUGAUUAUAACUAUGGUUUGGGCGCUGAUGUUUUUUUCUCGCUGCUCAAUUUGCAGAGUAGUUCAAAAUCGAAAACGCAAACGGUUACGGCAAAUGUUUCCGCCGAUGGUGCAAGUUCUUCGUUAAUAAAAGAUAGCGAUAAAAUGUUGCAUCGAAAGCAAACGGACUCGGGUGGUUUAUCGCACAGUGAGCAUAUAGAUGAUUGGAUUAACAGUGGUGCUUCGACCAGUGGCACCGAUAAACUUAUGAAAGCAGUGAAUGCCAUUAGCGGAACAAAGAAACAUGUAUACGAUUCACCUCAAUACAAUUACGAUUACACACAUGGUUCGCCGGAGCACAAUUACGAUGAUGACGAUGAUGAAAUCGAGGAGGAUUUGGUCGAAGAUGUUGAAGAUGUUCCCCCGCACACUCAUACUGGCGGCAAGUGGAAACCCUCGGAAAGAAAUCGUUCAAUGCACACCGCAUCACGAUGGUAUGAGCGUUGGGAUAUUCCCGAAGAAAAUAAUCAACUGCCAUUGACGUCAGCAACGGCCGCGACCGGAUCAAAUGAAGAACUCGCUGAAAAUGCAGACGAAUUCCAACCACCACCGAGCCAUACAAAAGGCAAAUGGGUGCCCGGCACAAAAAUCAUUAAACUCGAUUACAAACACAAAGAGCGUCACGAUUCCGAAACAUUUACCGAACAAUUUUUGUGUCGAACUUGUAAUCGCAAGCUUUCGUCGCGAAUCGUUUAUGAACGACACCUAAGGUCAAAAUUGCACAUGAAACGCUCUCAACCAGAAAAUGAACUGGAACAGGCAUCGUUGCCACUGCCGAACAUUGAAGAGAUUGUUGGCAAAAAAUGCUCCGCCAAUUUGGACACACAAAUGAAACGAAAGCGAAAAAGAAAGGACGAAAUUGCAUACAUCAAAGAGCACCCGUUUAACGCAGUUAAGAAGCGGAAUCGUCGCUUUAAUUACAUUAAAUGCGGCGUGUGCAAAACGCGAUUACGUACAUUCAUCUAUGGGAAACAUUUAAUUUCACAUUAUCAUUACCGACGAAUGUUUAAAAAUCCAACGGAAUCGUAUGCUACGAUAUUGGAUAAUAUUCAUCGAAUCGUACUUCAAUCACCGUAUCAAUGUCAACCAUGCCGAUUUUAUGCAAACACCCAAGAAAUGUUUCUGCGCCACUGGGAUUCGGAUGAACAUUUUGAAACGGUUUCCGCUGUCAGUGGACAAUUUUGGUGUGCAUUUUGCAAAUUCACUUGCGAUAGUAACGAAGAUAUGCGUGCCCAUUUGGUCGGCAUGGAUCAUCAGGAAGUGGCUAUGGCCAUUAAUAGGUCAGUGCCGAUAAUUUGCCGCAAAAAGAGUCUUAUCCAAUGUGAUGAAUGCAAAGAAGAGUUUUCCUUUAACAUCGAGCUGCGUAAGCAUGCACCCAACUGCACGGGAUCGAAGCCAUCACUCGGCACAGCAUCAGAUCAAUACCAGGGAAAGUUUUAUUGCUCCACUUGUAAGGAAUGUUUCGCAUCAAUCGUCGCAUAUCAACGACAUGCAACCUCCGUUCAUUCAACAAAAUCCUAUUUGUGUGGCCCAUGUGGUCAAUCCUUUCCGGAAUUGGAAGCAGCGAGGCGACAUCGCGUUUCGGCUGAGCAUAAAGUUCAAGCGGCCCGCAUAAAAGCAAAGAAAACUUUGAAACGUAAAUGUGUGGUGUGCGGCGAAAUGCAAGAUGAUUUACUUUUGCUCAAAGAACAUUUAAAGCUUGUCCAUCCAGAGCACAGUUACUCGUGCUAUUUUUGCGCACAGAAAUUCAUUCUACCACAAGAGUUAAGCCGUCAUAUUCGAGACAAAGUGUGCAGAACCGAUGACAAGCCACCGUGCAAUGAUGUAUGUCACGAAGGCGAUGAUUUGAAUCCAAUGUCACUUCUAGAGUUGCCCAUAAUUUCGGAUAUCUCACAAGAUGAUGGAGUAACCAAUCUGAUUGUUACAUCACAAAAUGAUCCGUCGACGUCAGUCGAUGCAACCGCAGCAGAGUCCCUAGUUCAAGAAAAUUAUCUAAUCAUUGAGCACGCAACUGAAUUAGAUUUGGCCCAAAGUCAGCUUCAAUUGAAGGACGAAGCCGGCCCAUCAACCGAAGUGGAGCAUAAAAUUCUUUGGGGAUGCAAACAGUGCGAGUUUCGCACACCGACUGAAGCCGAGUGCAUAUUCCACGAGAUGCUACACAAAUGGAACAUCUGUAACGACAAUAAAAUUCCAUGUCCAAUUUGUAAUCGAACAUUUGGAAAGAAUUCACUGCGUUGUCACUUGCGAUUGCAUACAAACGAACGGAUUUUCCAAUGCGAUCAAUGCGAUUUGAAAUUUACGCGUAAAGCUAACCUUAAAGAGCACAUCCAACGUAUUCAUUUGAAGCAGAAGAAGACCGAUCCGAAGAAGCAGCCGUCAGCAUUGAAUCGACUGAAGCAGAAAAGUUCAUCGUCGCCACACCACCACCAGCAUCUGAAGAAUGAACAAUUAUUUGAAUGCUCAAUAUGCGAAAAGAGAUUUUGGAAGAAGAGUUUACUUGAGCAGCAUAUGCAUUGUCAUCGUGAAAUGGUGUCCGUUAAAGUGUUUGAAUGCCCGGAAAAGGGUUGCUUAUUCAGCGGACGUAGUGCAGCCGAACUGCGUGUACAUCAGAACACUCAUUCAGACGAGAAGAACUAUCAUUGCACCGUAGAUAAUUGCAGUUAUAAAACGAAAACUAACGCAUUGCUUAACAGACACAUCAAGUCUCAACAUCAAACCGACUCCAUUCAAUUAUUAUGUCCCCAUUGCGAUUUCCAAACAAAAGUUUCGAGCCAUUUGAAACGACACGAACGUAUUCACAGUGGAGAUAAGCCAUUUGCCUGUCCACACUGCGAUUACGUUUCCAACAAUCCGGAAAAUUUACGUAAACAUGUGAUCAAAUCAAACAAACACCCUGGACGAUGCUUGUAUGAGUGUCAAACAUGUUUGGCACCACCGUUUGCUACGAAUAAUUCAAAAGAAUACAAAUUUCAUCUUGUUUCUGUGCAUAAAGAGAAGAAAUAAAAUUGAAGAUACUUUCAAUGAACAAACCUCA